AUAUACAUUGCAGCCUCCCGUCGUAGCUUUCUUUCUUUACCCUUUCUCAGUUUCUCUUUUUCAAUUCAAUUUUCCUUUGUAGCAAAAUCCCUCUUUAAUUCCCAAAAUAAACCAACCCUAAUUCUCUAUCGAUUUCUUUCAAUGGCGCCUCCAAUUAAAUCAAGCAAGGUAGGUCACGACGAAUCGGAUCCUCCAUCGAACAACCUAUGGGUGGGUAAUUUAGCCGCAGAUGUAACGGAUGCAGAUCUUAUGGAUCUUUUUGCGAAAUACGGUGCUCUUGAUAGCGUUAAUACGUAUUCUUCCAGGAGCUACGCUUUCUUGUACUUCAAGCGCGUGGAGGAUGCUGCGGCGGCUAAGGAUGCGCUUCAAGGAGCGGUGUUGCGUGGCAGUCCGUUGAAAAUCGAGUUUGCGAGACCGGCCAAACCCAGCAAGAAUCUCUGGGUGGGUGGAAUCAGCCCAGCAGUUUCCAAAGAACAGUUGGAAGAAGAGUUUCUUAAGUUUGGUAAAAUAGAGGAAUUUAAAUUUCUUAGGGACCGGAAUACUGCAUUUGUCGAGUUUUUCAAACUAGAAGAUGCUUUAGAAGCUAUGAGAAACAUGAAUGGAAAGCGAAUUGGUGGUGACCAGAUACGUGUAGAUUUUCUUCGAUCACAAGCUGUAAGAAGAGAACAGUUGCCUGAUUUUCGUGAUUCAAAGGAGAGUCAGUUUCCAAUUACACAUUCUGGAAUAAGACGAGCUCAGCCUUCAGCAGGCCGAAGGGAAGGCUUACCCAGUAAUAUAUUGUGGAUAGGGUAUCCUCCCUCUCUACAGAUUGAUGAACAAAUGCUUCAUAAUGCAAUGAUUCUUUUUGGCGAGAUUGAGAGAAUUAAGAGCUUUCCGUCAAGGCACUAUUCAUUUGUAGAAUUUAGGAGUGUGGAUGAAGCUCGGCGUGCUAAAGAAGGUUUGCAAGGGCGGCUUUUCAAUGAUCCUCGUAUAACAAUUAUGUAUUCAAGCAGUGAGCUUGGUCCUGGUAAAGAGUACCCCAGUUUUCACGCAGGAGUUAAAGGGUCAAGGCCAGAGAUUUUUAAUGAACGUGUUUUUGCAUCUAGUCAGUUGGAAAUGUCAGAUCAUCAUCGUCCUAUUGGAGUGCAUUCUUUUCCUGGAUCAUUGCCACCUAGCAGCGUUCAUAGACCAAACUUACAGUUGAGGCCUUUUGGUCUUCAAGGUGGUUUUGACCCUGUGCUCUCUGUUGCAGAAUUUAAUGAUUUGGCUCCUUUGCAUAAUCUCCGAGAUGGGAAUUCCAACAUUCAAAUGGGGCCAAGCUGGAGUAGGCCAUCUCCUCCUGCAUCUGGUAUCCUCCCUUCUCCAACUUCAAGGAUUAGGCCACCAAUGAGGUCAGUGUCUACUGGAUGGGAUGUGCUUGACCCCAAUCAGUAUCAGAGGGAAGCAAAACGGUCAAGAAUUGAUGCACCAUCAUCCAUUGAAGACGAUUCUUUUCCCUCGCGAAAGAUUGAUGAUCGUGGGCUUGUUUUGGACAAAACAUAUAGGCUUGGUCUGGACACUGAUGCAGGUGUCUCAGGUUCACUUUUAAAUGUUCAUGGGAAGCGUAGUCUUAGUCCAGUUGGUGCAAGGAGCGCAAUAGGAUUACAUCAGCGGCGUCUUGACAAUGAUUUUAUAUGGCGUGGCCUUAUUGCUAAGGGUGGAACACCAGUUUGCCAUGCUCGUUGUGUCCCUAUAGAUAAAGGGAUUGAGUCAGAACUUCCUGAAGUUGUUAAUUGCUCAGCCAGAACAGGACUGGAUAUGCUUGCAAAACACUAUGCUGAAGCCGUUGGAUUUGACAUUGUCUUCUUCUUGCCAGACAGUGAAGAUGAUUUUGCUUCCUAUACUGAGUUCCUUCGCUACUUGGGUUCAAAAAACCGUGCUGGCGUUGCCAAGUUUGAUGAUGGAACAACACUGUUUUUGGUGCCUCCAUCAGAUUUCUUAACCAAUGUGUUGAAAGUUGUGGGACCUGAACGACUCUACGGUGUAGUUCUCAAGUUGCCACAGCAAGUUCCCAGUAGUGCAUCAGUGCUGGCCCAGUUACGUCAGCCCAGCCAUUUUCCUCCAUUCACUGAUAGACAUCAGCUUCCUCCAUCAGAUGCUGACUAUAAUCAAAUUGCUAGGAAGGAGGAACAUAAUAUGCCAACGGAUUAUAACAGGAUGUUGCAUGAAGAAUCAAAGCCUACAUCAAAAUCAUAUUAUCCACCGACAACUGACUCUAUACCAGAGCCGUCAGUCCCUCAAGACUAUGCUUCGAGUAACACUGCAGCCGUUUCUCAAGCAGGAGUUUCAUUGACACCUGAGCUUAUUGCCACACUUGCAUCUCUGUUGCCUGCAAAUGCACAGUCAACUGUUCUAGAAGGCAGUCAACCAGUAAUAGGCUCCUCAGUUGUUAGGCCUCCAUUCUCAUCAAUUGCAGCUGAUAAAAGAACUUCCACAAAUGGAUGGAAGCAUGAUAAUCAGGUUUCUGGAAACCCAAAUCAUUUACAAUUUGGGAACCAGUACAAUCCUCAGGAACAAGUUCACUCUCAGUUUCAGCAUUACCCAUCUCUAUCCAAUGGACCUAACCAUUCAGCAAAUAUGGUCCCUGGCAACACCCAAAUGCAGGAUUCCUCUGUCAACCUACAACAUCAGGGCGGAAUUCCAUCUAGGCCUUUGACUGGUGUUGCCAUACCUUCCCAAAGUGGACAAGUUGCAUUGUCUCCACAAGUCAACCAGCCGUAUCAGCUUGAUGUUCCACAUCAGAAGAGUUAUGGUGGGAUGGUGCAUGGAACAGAUGUUCCAAGUUCAUAUAGUCCACCAGUUAUUCAACAAUCAAAUAAUCCUGUUGCCUUCUCUGGUCAGGCUCAGGGUGGUAAUUAUUCCCAGGCACAACCUGGUUUGUCUUUAUCUGCUGACAAAGUGAAUUGGGAGAUUUCUAAUCAGGUGCCUCAGUUCCAAAAUGCACUCUCUGGAGCCGGUCAAGCCACGUCGGAGGAUGAGGUUGACAAGAAUCAGCGGUACCAGUCGACAUUACAGUUUGCAGCAAACCUCCUCCUUCAGAUACAGCAACAACAGCAGCAAACAGGUAGUCCAGCAGUUCGAGGAUCCGGAAAUCAACAAUGAGAUUCCUUUUUUACAUAGGUAGUUGGGCUAUAUUUAUUGUCUGUCCCGAAAGCAAAGCGCCAAUUCUCAUGCUGCAAGCUUUUAUUGGUCAAUGAAGAAUCUGCAAGUGUGAUAGAUAUUUGCAAAGAUGCCUAAUGGUUUCUUUUUUUUGACUUGUAUUCUUUGUAAAAAUUGUUUCUUUAGGUUAGAGACUCAAGAUGGGUGCCCUGUUUUUUCUAUUUUUUUUUUUUUUUUUUUCCUUUUUUUUUCUUUUACUUCCUUUGUUAGUAAUCCUUUUGAUCAAGUUUCAUUUUUGCGUGCAAUAUUUCGCGCAACUAAUUUAUAGAACUUCAAAAUGCCAGACUAUGCCAUGCCCUUUGAGUUUUUACAGAA